AUGACCUUAGACCUGGCCGAGUGGGCGACGCCCUACGCUAUUCAAGCAGGUCUGCCGCUCCUGCCUGCCCACCUGAGCACCAUCAUCCGGAGUCUCGCGCUGUGGACAACCUUGCAGCUCCUUUCUUCCCUCGUCUCUCCCUACAUCUUCCCCGACACAUACCCCAAACUCAAGAGGAGCACCAGGAUAUCUUGGGAUGUUCACUUUGUCGCUUUGGUGCACGCAGCCAUCAUCACCCCGCUCUGCGGAAAAGUGUGGUGGGAUGUAUACCAGCAGGGCGGCCUGAACGGCACUCACCCCUUGGCGCUGAGGAGGGUGUAUGGAUACACUUUCGAGGCCGGCCAAGUCUAUGCCAUCGCCAUCGGCUACUUCAUUUGGGACACUGUCGUCUCCAUCCUCUUCGAUGGACCGGCCUUCGUAGCCCACGGAGUCGUCGCGCUCACCGCAUUUGUACUUGUCUAUGUGAGUCGGCAAUGCAGUCGAUUCACGACUCGGAGCGCUGUCCGGGCCAGGCAAGGAGCAGGUGCAUAGGAUCUUUGCUGGCAAUGCAUGGAGAGCGUCGAGCGCCGCUCGUGUGCUCGCGCGUGCUCGUGCUCGUGCGCGAAUCGAAGACGAUCAGCGCAUGUAUUCUGUCUGUCCACGCAGCCAACCGGAAGACAGCUGGGAAUCGAUAUCAGCCUAAUGUGCGCGCUUCAUCACUGUGGCGCUGAUGGAUUGCCUUUGCCAACAUUUGCUUUGUGCAGCACCCAAUCUUCAUGUAUGAUGGAUUAGGCUUUCUCCUGUGGGAGCUCAGCACACGUGAGUUUCGACCCAGGCUUCUGCAUUGCAGCUGUCAGAUCGCUCAAGCAGAGCGCCAAUCCUGGAAAUCUUGCAACAGCUUUCCUCAACAUCCACUGGUUCCUAGACAAGCUCGGCAAGACCGGAAGCAAGAUCCAGCUCAUCAACGCCGUUUUCUUGCUGUCCACUUACGUGAUCGCUCGCUUGACGUUUGGCGUUUACAACGUGAGCUUCAUGGAGGUUCUGUCAAUGCCGAAUGUGCUCACAAAAUUAGCGUCGUACCCUCAUCUCUCUAGUCCUACUCGUGGUUCAUGAAUGUCAACUUCCCUGCCACGCCGCACGUGCCGCCCAUUCCAAUCUCUUACCGGGUCUUUUACACCCUCGGCAACAUCACCCUGAACAGCCUGAAUUUUAUCUGGUUUAGAGCGUGAGUCUUAUUGCCCUCGCAAGCUAAGGGGUUUGCUUCACUGACCCGCUUUCGUCCUCACAUCACACAGCAUGAUUCGCGCAGUGCAAAAACGAUUCACAGCCGCACCGGCUGACGGGUCCAACAAACUCGACGCCAAAGCGAUUGCUGAGGGCAAACAGAGCGUUCAGGUCGGAGUGACUGGCAAGGACGAUUCGCAAUUUGAGAGGGAGGCCGGUGUCGGAAAGUAUUCUCGGCCCGACAUUGGUAGCUAUGGUGGAGAGAGGGAAGCUAGAUGGCGCAAGGUUGCCAAAUCGGCCGAAUAA